CGAAGGUUUCCACUCUUUUUGACGAUGGAGCGCCCGACGAUCAUGCUGGCGACGCACUUUACGCCCACGUGCUGCAACGACGACCAGACAGUCUGGGUUGCUCUGGUCGGCAUCUACAUCGUGCUGCUGCUCAAGCUGUGGUACGCACCGGUCGUCUAUCCGUUCAAGCUCCUCGCCUACUUUACGCACGAGCUCCUUCGAUGCAUCGCGGUCGUUCUCUCCUGCGGCAAGCUGGACGGCAUGGCUAUUCAUCCCGAAGAAGGCUCCGAGACGCACUUUGAAGAGGGAUCGCCGGGCUUUGUGCUUUGGCUGGGUUAUCUCGGGACAAUGGCGUGGGGACUGGUUCAAAUGUGUGCCAGUCUCUACUACCUCCCGACGGUUGUCUGCACGAGCGUGACCCUUGGGCUUCUCGUGUGCUUCUUCCUCUGCGCCGACACGCGCUACCUCCGGCUGGUCAUAGCGCUCUCGUUUACCGCUCUUGUGGCGCUGCUCGCGUACGCACUCAGCACCCACUCGACUAAUGUGCUGCGCUUCGUCGUGCUGCUUUCCGGCGUCAACCACGCACUUUUCUUCUUCUUGGACGCCGCCGCCGACCUCCGCGUCCACCCCAGCGACAGCUACCAGAUGCUGACCGUCUACGGCGGCGUCGCCCUCGUCGUCGCUGGGCUCUUGCAAGCGGCCCUCUUCGCCUGCGCCGUCGCAUGGAACCUCGCUGCCCUCGGCGGCGCGAUGCCGAUUUCUCUCGACACGAUGGCCUUGCCCACGCAAGUCGUCUGCGUCUGUUUUCUCGUUGCGCUCACCGUCGCCGUGGGCCACUCGCUCUACCGGCAGCAAUGCGCACUGCGACGACCCGAGUUGCACGCGUUGGAGGACGACGACGACAAGUUCGUUUAGGAAGAGCUAGUGCCCAGACGGUCCCCGUAUUGCAGUUGGUAAUAUGCUUGGAACUCGCCGUCUUUGACGGGCCGCC